CGAGGCUGGUACGCCGGACAUUGGGGACAUGUUCCGGACCGCCAUCAUGAUGGCUGCCAGCCUGGCCUUAACCUCCGCCGUGAUAGCUCACGCCUAUUACCUGAAGCACCAGUUCUACCCCACCGUGGUGUACCUUACCAAGUCAAGUCCCAGCAUGGCGGUGCUCUACAUCCAGGCUUUUGUCCUGGUGUUCCUACUAGGCAAAUUCAUGGGCAAAGUGUUUUUCGGACAACUCCGAGCGGCAGAAAUGGAGCAUCUGCUCGAACGCUCGUGGUAUGCCGUGACCGAGACCUGCCUCGCCUUUACCGUCUUCAGGGAUGACUUCAGUCCUCGUUUUGUGGCUCUCUUCACCCUCCUCCUCUUCCUCAAGUGCUUCCAUUGGCUGGCUGAAGACCGGGUGGACUUUAUGGAGAGAAGUCCCAACAUAUCUUGGCUCUUCCAUUUCCGCAUUGUCUCUCUUAUCGUGCUUUUGGCCAUCUUAGACUUCCUGUUCGUCAGCCACGCCUACCACAGCAUCCUGACCCGGGGGGCCUCUGUCCAGCUGGUCUUUGGCUUUGAGUACGCCAUUCUCAUGACGAUGGUGCUGACCGUCUUCAUUAAAUACUUUCUACACUCCAUCGACCUGCAGAGCGAAAAUCCCUGGGACAACAAGGCCGUCUUCAUGCUCUAUACAGAACUCUUCACAGGUUUCAUCAAGGUCCUCCUCUACAUGGCCUUUAUGACGAUCAUGAUCAAAGUACACACCUUCCCGCUUUUCGCCAUCCGGCCCAUGUACCUGGCAAUGAGGCAGUUCAAAAAGGCAGUCACCGAUGCAAUUAUGUCUCGUCGGGCGAUCCGCAACAUGAACACACUGUACCCCGAUGCCACCCCGGAAGAGCUGCAGGCCAUGGACAACGUUUGCAUCAUCUGCCGGGAGGAGAUGGUGACGGGUGCGAAACGCCUGCCUUGCAAUCACAUAUUCCAUACCAGCUGCCUCCGGUCCUGGUUCCAGCGCCAGCAGACCUGCCCCACCUGCCGGAUGGACGUCCUGCGCGCCUCCCUGCCCACCCAGUCGCAGCCGCCCCCCGAGCAGCAAGAAGGGGGGCAGCAUCCGCCCCCCCAUCAGGCCCCACUGAUGCCUCAGCCGCCCAACUUUCCCCAAGGCCUCCUGCCUCCGUUUCCUCCCGGGAUGUUCCCUCUGUGGCCACCCAUGGCUCCCUUCCCUCCAGUGCCGGGCGUCCAGCCCCCCAAUAACACCGACGGUGCCUCGGCGGCUGCGUCCUCCCCACCAGGAGCCCAAGGGGCAGGCACCACCAGGCCCAGCGGGGAUUCGGCCACCACGUCGGACACCGCGGCCUCCGCAGGGACCGUGCCGGGUUUCCCCUUCCCUCCUCCCCCUUGGAUGGGGAUGCCGUUCCCCCCUCUCUUUGGCUUCCCUCCGAUGCCGGUCCCCCCCUCAGGAUUUGCAGGGCUGACGGAGGAGGAGCUGCGGGCCAUGGAGGGCCACGAACGGCAGCACUUGGAAGCCCGGCUGCAGUGUCUCCAGAACAUCCACACUCUCCUCGACGCGGCCAUGCUCCAGAUCAACCAGUAUCUCACUGUGCUGGCAACGAUCGGGAUGCCUCGGGCUCCGCCAACACCCGCCAGUGCUUCAACCCCUUCGACGGCCCCCCCUGAGACCCCGACUAGCCCUGAGACGAAUGCCAGCGAACCCACCACCUCGACCACCCAGCCAGCGGACAGCACCUCUUCGCAAGACACAUCUCCAGACAAAGCAGAGGCUCCGACGCAGCCCCCCAGCCCCGACGAGGACCCCUCCUCCCCGGAAGAGCCCAACGCCGCGGAGCUGCGCAGACGCCGCCUUCAAAAACUAGAACUGCCUUCUUCUGGGUCUCCUUGAGCGAGCCUGGCCCGGACGGAUUUUA